UCCAUUAUCACCUUUAAUACUUUGUAUAUCUGUAUACACCGUACAUACACCACACCUCGUCGAGACACCAAUUCGUGGCUACAACGCGGAAUACAGACUUUACAAUAAUACCCAUCGCAUAAUUCGUGCUACAUUUCUUUCGCGAAGCUCGUCGACCACGCGUCAUCUCUCUUUCAACUCAUGACCUGACAAGACGUUUCACCUCGGCUCUGCCCCAAGGUCCAUCCAUAACGACUCCUCUCACUUCAGCACGCCACUAUGUCCGACAAUGAGCUGCGGCUACGGCUGGUCAUACGCCGCCAUGGUCUUCCCGAGGUCAAGCUCGUCUGGACUGCUCCUGCCGACCCGGACUUCACCAUCUCCAAGCUUGUCGCCCAAGUAAACGAGGUCGUCCCUCUUGAGAGUGGAGAAUGGGGUCUCGAAGAUUAUGCAGUCGAGCUGAGGGCUGCCGAUGGCUCUACCUUUGAGUGCCUUCAUUUUCAGUCAGUGCCCAAGGUACUAAAUAACGAUGACCAGGUCAUUAUCCGCUCGCUUCUCACCGACGACCUCAAGCGCCGACGCCUCAGUGGCCGACACCAGAUCUCCUUCGAUGGCAAACACCUCGUCGACGGCGUAGCCUUUGGCCGGCCUUGGCUUAGACUCCCACGCGACCGUCCCCCUGUUUCCCUCCCACCUCGAAAACGAGCAAGAAUUCUCGACGACGCGGGCGACGAUGCUGAUCGAGACGAGCAUGAUGCGAAUGAGGAAGAUUCUCCGCUCCUGUUAGAAUUUCCCGGGCUGGCAACCUCCUCAGGCCGCGUCCAUUCUACCCGACGAUCCUCAAAGCGUGUCAGGAUUGCUGUGGACUCUGAUGACACAGAUGUCAAUCGCGAUGACUACGAAAGACAUAAUCAUUGGGAACGGGGCCGAGAAAACGUGGAAGACGACGGUGCAGAAGAGUCGGAGGAGGCAGAGGAGGCAGAGGACGAUGAAUUCCGUCCCGACAACGAGGACGAUUCGGACGGAGAUGCUGAUCUAGACAUCGACCAAGAGGACUUGCUCGACGAGCUACACGACAUCCGCGAGGAAAAUGUGGCGCUAGGAGAUGAAGCCGCCGACGAAGCCUACUCCAUGGACCACCACUUGGAAACCUCAGAGAUUGUACAUGCUUCCUCUCCGCCUGCGCGGCCGCUGAUGGAUCUGGACACUCUCGACAAGAUAGCCAUUCUGCGAGCUGCUUUCCCAACUGCACCUGUUUCGUUGUGCGAGGAAGCAGUUACCAAGCACGGUAAGGACAUCCAGAGAGCAUACCGUCAGCUCAGUGCGGCUCAUAGACCCUCCAUGGAUUUCGGGGACAUGCUCGAUCAUCAAUUGUCCGUCACUUUCAGUAGCUCGGCAAGACAGGUUGUCGAUCCCCUGCCUGCCAAGGAGACGCCGAAUCGACUGAGCAGCACCAGACGAAAGCCGGCCUCGGCCACACAACCUGCGAACGUGAAAUUCCCACCCCAACAUGAUAACAAAGAGGCGAGUGACGACGCGGACUCAUUAUCAUCAUCAUCGUCAGAAACUUCUUCGAGCUCAGAUACAGGCUCAAUUUCCGGGCUGCAAACUCGCGAGGCCAUAAAGCAGCGUUUGCGCAAUGCAAAUCAUGCUGAAUCUAUGAUCUCUCAGCCUAAUUCUGGUUCAGGUCCGGACGACGAUGUGGAUGGUGAUUCCACCUUUAAUCCCACACAAGAGAAUGAAAAUGCCUCGGACGCACUUUCCCGAUCUUCAACUUCCUCUCCAGCCCCCUCCUUGUCUUCGUCUUCUCUUUCGGACUCGACCGAUGACGACACGGUCGUGCGACACCCCAGGCAGAAGGAGCACGAGUCCUCUACAGCACCCGACCUUUCUGAACUCUCGUCUGACGCGAGCACUAGCAGCGAAGAGGAGAGCGAGGAGAGCGACGAAGAGAGUUCCGAUGAUAGCCAGGAAAGCGAGGACGAUUCGGACAUGAGCUCUGACUCGGAGCCUGAGGAGAUGACGAGCAAGUCGAUACGAAAGCAGUUUCAAAGCCAGGCGAUUACCAAGUCCACCCCAGCCGUGACAGCGGUCGCAGAAAAUACCACAGCCAGCAACCGACCCACGGCUCCUCCUGGAAGCGGUUUACGUAAAACCCAGCGAAGAAACUUGCGACGGAGACUAGCCAAGAGGUUUGCGUCAGGGACUGGGGAGACCAACACUGUCUCUCAGAAGUUGACCGAUGGGCGUGGACAGGGCAUACCCGGGGUGGCCUCGUCCGGCGCGCCCCCGGAAUCGCAGCAGGCAAGGCAACAGAAGGAAGCGGAGCUCCUUGCUAGGAAGCAAGCUCUCCUAGCUAUGAUGGAAGAUGACGAGCCGACCAACUCUGCGCAAAAUCAACAAGACCAACAGCAGGCUUCUCAUUCUGUCCUUGUUGAGAAGGCACCGCAGGAUCCUGAAACGGUGGCUGAGAGCCAAGGCGACGGGACGUCAUCUGCCAGGCGGAAUCGCGUCAAGGUAGACACGAGUGCUGGCCGCAGGAUGCUCUUCGGGGCCUUGGGCCUUCGGAACCCCAAAUCUAAGGCGGAGGAAGAUAAGCUGCGAAAGGACCUGAUGAAGAAUGUUCGGCCGCAUGUGAACCUGCGCAAUCCCAGCUCCACACUGUCCGCACAAGUAGGCACUACAGAGCCUUCGGCUUCCGUCGAGAAAGACUCGAUCCGGGAGGAUGAAGGCCCAAGAGAGGAAUCCGAGGAAGAAGAGGGAGAGGGGGAAGAGGAGCAAGCAGAAGACCCAGAGGCAUGGAGAGAGAAGAUCAACUAUCGCGCCGUGGAAUGUUGCGACGAGGGAAUCGAACUCUCGGAGCCGCCAUUCCCUUUCGUGCAGCGAUGGGAUCCCCAGCAGCAUGGAAGUCAUUAUCAUUACGGAUCCAACAAGAACGGCAGGGGAGGCAAGCGGAAACGGGCACAGAGGAACUCUGGUCAGUUCUACCAAGAGGCGAAGAACGGCGGCUCUGUGGCUGCGAAGAAGCAAAGGACGGCCAGCGACUUUGACGAACCAGCCGCUGUAGAAGAACAGCACGAUGAAACCGAAUACGACGACACAGCCAUUCGAUACGACGACGAAGAAGACGAAGGAGGGGCAGAAGAGGAAGAAGAGGAAGAGGAAGAGGAACGUCCAGUGCAGUCAACGAUGGCAGCUGAAAGUCAGAUGUCUGAUAUUGACGACCUACCGUCACUUCCGUCAGACCUCUCGACGUUAUCGCCUCUCCCACUUGGAGAUGCCAAGCCUGGCAUGGUGAUCACCUGGAAGGAAUGGCUGCUCUCCUCUGCUACCAACUGGCAACCCCAGCUCGCCAACAUCGUGGCGGUUGUGGUUAAGGUAGAGGCCGAGGACGGCACCCGGUUCCGCCUGCUGCUCGCUAAAAGGGACAGAGGAAUGGAUAGGAUUGAGAAGGUGUACGAUGAGGAGACCGGCGAGCGUGUGUAUGACCGGUUCGAGGCGCCUGACACGGAGGAUGAAGAUGAAGAAGAUGGCGAUGCGGUCGACGACGGCUAUCGGAACAAGGAGUACUCUGAGCUGAUGGAACCCAUGAUUGUCCAACAGCCCCUGAAAGACUACGGAGCGCCCGGCGAUCGUCAUCGUCAGGAGCAGAACAGUCGAACCGAGAGCGUCGUGCCUGACACGUAUCAGGACCAGGAUUGUGCGGGAGAGAGGGGCAGCAACGCGAACGGGUCCCCGGCGACGAGCGAGCGUGCUUCCGAGGAGGACGCCACUGGGGCAACCGCUGGCGCACAGCGAGACGAUGAUCCGUUCAGAUCGUCAUCCCCUGUCCCUGUCGACAAUACGAGGGCUUCAACUUCAACGCCUUCCAGGUCACGAAUCCGCAGUAGUCCAUUCAAAGAGCCGGAGGGAAUGUCGGUGAUGGUGAACAGCUCUGAACAGGCACCCAGCCCCGGGUCUGGCAGCUCCCCCGACUUGGAUGGUCGCGAUCCUGACGAUGAGGGCUACAUUGGCGGCGAAGAUGAGGAUAUGGAGGUGGACGAGGACACAAAACAGGAGCAACAGCAACAAGAACAGCAUCGCGAAGAGUACCUGGACGACGCUGCAGGCACAUCGGAAUCUCCUCCCAAGGCAUCGAUUUGGGAAAUACUUCACCCAUGCCGUUCGAGGAAACAGGAGAAUAUGCCGGGUCGCGGGAGAUGACGCCCAAGG